AUGAAGCUGGCCACAGACUAUCUCCAUCAGUACUACGAUCUGCAGACGGAGCCAUUGGGACGAUCCAAACGGAGCUGGCCCGACUUCGCCUCCAAGGUGAAAGAAAUGCAGAUAUUUUUCGGCCUGAACGCCACAGGUGAGCUGGACUCCGAGACUCUGGAAAUGAUGAGGAGUCCUCGGUGUGGCGUCCCUGACCUGGAGGAUUUCAGCCACCUGCAGGGAGCCCGUUGGAACAAGAAUGUCAUCACGUACAGUGUCAGCAAGUACACCAGAGAUCUGCCACGCAGCACUGUGGACGCUCUGGUUGAGUCAGCGUUCAGCGCUUGGGCCAGAGCCAGCGGCUUGACAUUCGUCAGGUUGAACAGCCACAAUGCUGACAUCAUGGUGGAGUUUGUGAAGCGGGAUCAUGGGGACUUCUACCCAUUCGACGGACCCAGAGGAACGCUGGCUCAUGCCUUCGCUCCAGGUCUGGGCGUCGGAGGAGACACUCACUUCGAUGACGAUGAACGGUGGACGGCCGGUGACACAGGAUUUAAUCUACUCAUGGUCGCGGCGCAUGAGUUCGGACACGCUUUGGGCUUGAAGCACUCCAGGAACCCAGAGUCACUCAUGUAUCCAAACUACCGACCGUCCCGCCGUGGCAACCUGUUAUCGAAAGAGGACGUAGCUAAUGUCAAGGCACUUUACAGUCCAGUCAGAGGUCGUCCCAAGUUCUUCUCCAGGUACAGCUGGAAUUCUCUGUCCAACCCCUGGCUGGUGGCUCCACUUCUUCCAUGGCUCAUGGAGGACAGAUGCUCCCCGGACGUGACCUUUGACGCCGUGUCGACUCUGGGAGACUCAACCUUUUUUUUCAGAGACAAGUACCUUUGGAUAAAACACAACCAGCAGUUCGACAUUAAAGAGGGGCCCAUCUCCAACUUCAUGCCAAAAAUCGAAACGGGAAUCGAUGCAGCCUUCUGGGUUCCACGCAGAUCAACCGCUUACCUCAUUCACGAGUCAAUGUUCUGGACGGUGAAGGGUUCGGCUAUAAAGGGGAAGCCCAGAGCUCUCACUCACUUUGGGUUCCCGGCCUGGGUCCAAGAGGUGGAUGCAGCGGUGCACAUCGUGAAAACAGGACGUACCCUGUUCUUCAUGCAUGACAUCUAUUGGAGUUAUAAUGAAAACAGGAGGGUCAUGGAUUUUGGCUACCCCAAGUACGUCACUGAGGACUUUCCUGGAAUCAACGCAACCAUCAAUGCAGCCUAUUAUAAGGACGGCUUCAUCUUCUUCUUCGUCGGACCGCAGGUCUACAAAUACGACCACGCCCAGAAGCAGGUUGCCGGAGUGGAGAGAGCCAACGCUUGGCUCGGCUGCUGA